AUGUUAUCCAAAACUUUUGUUAGACCGAGAGCCCUUUUUGCUAUGUGGAUGGCUUGCCACUAUAGACUUGCGACAAGGGGACGACUCAAAAAGUUUGGCCUCAUGACCGACGACAGCUGUAAAUUCUGCAACAAGGAGGAAAUAAUUGAUCAUCUCUUAUUCGAUUACCUGCCGUUUAAAAACUGUUGGCAGCAAAUUCUGGUGUGCUUGGGGUUUCAACAUUGCCCUUGUGAGUGGCGUGAAGAACUUGAGUGGUUAAUCACACAAUGUAAAGGGAAAGGCUGGAGGAAGUGCAUCUUGCGUAGUUCUGUAGCUGAAACCAUCUAUGAAGUUUAUCGUAACAAUGUCGUAUUUGGCAAUCCAGUGAAUACUUUAGAGAUUAGAGAUUUAGUCAUUUCUACCCUUGCAAAUAGAGGGUGGGUUAAUACUAGAAUGAGACAUCAUAUAGCUAAACUUCUUAUAGUUUAG